AUGGGCCUGACGGAUACGCCUCCACCUCAUGUUCCCUCAUGGGUCGUGCCAGCUUCCGGCGCCCUUCUCAUCACAGGCGCCAUUUCCUGGGAUAUGUGCUACGUCCUCAUGUCCAUCCGCUCUCACAGAACGAAGUCAUACGGCAUGCCCCUCCUCGCUCUCGCCCUGAAUCUCUCCUGGGAACUCAUCUACGCAGCUCGCGUCGCCGAACACCCUCUCGAACGUCUCGGCUUCCUUGUCUGGCUCCUCCUCGACGUACCGCUCGUCUACACGACUCUGAAGAAUGCGAAACACGAGUGGCGUCAUUCGCCGCUUGUCGCAGAGAAUAUCGGCGCUGUACUUACGGCCAUGGUUGCCCUUGGCUGCGCAGCGAACUACGCUGUCGCUGACUGGUGGCUUUCGGCGCCCGGUACCGGGUUCGGAGACAAGAGUGGCAAGUGGUGGGCCGGACGGGAGGGGUUCGACUGUACGGAGCUCGCGUUCUGGACGGCUGGUCUGGCACAGCUCGCCCUUGGGACUGGGUGUCUUGCCAUGUUGCUCGUCAGGGGUCACUCUGGGGGCACAAGUUAUGCGAUCUGGUUCUGCAGGGCACUUGGUACCCUUACCGGCUGGAUCGGAUCGACCAGUCUGCUUUGGUGGUAUUGGCCAGAGGCUCAUGGUUUCUUCGUCAACCCCAUGGGCAUCUUCCUCAUGACGACUUGCUUGGCUUGCGACACUGCGUAUCCGUUCACUCUUGCCGUAGUGCGGAGAAGUGAGCGAGUCCUCUCGGACGGCAGGCUUGUUUCUGGAAUAUCGGUCAAGCAGUCAGCCGCACCAAUAGUGAAGAAAAGGCUAUGA